AUGUCCGGUGGAGAUAAGCUUGCAGUUAGGUCGACUCAUUCACGACUUAAUUCCCUUCGCAUGACUGAAACGUUUGACGCUGCUGAUGAUUCGUUUAUUGAUUUUGCUUGCUCCCUCUUUUCAAGGGGCUAUUCAACAAUAAACCCCGUUCAGGCUCCGCUUUGUACACCCAAUCCUUUUGUAGACAUGGUCUUACCUGCAAGUAGUACACUCGGCAGCGUUCGUAUUUCGAAUGCCGGUGUUGCCUCUGUGCGCGGUCUGUAUCGACCGCGGCCGUUUACAGUAGUUCCGACGGGUUUUGCCAAAGUCUGCAAUGCGAUGAAUUGGCCAGCGACUGAGACUUGGCACAAACUUGCGGUUGCGGAUAUGCCCUGGUGGGAGCACGAACACAACUGCAGCUAUUUAUAUUUCCAUGUUGACGGUACCUGUUGGCUAGACGAACCCUCCGGAAAUGGCGUCUACAUUGCCCCAUACGAUACACUUGAUAGUGUGCCGUCAUGCACAUUGGUGCCUACCCAGGGAUGGACACCGCUAGGGCAGGCUCCGUUGCCGCUACCGACCAUUGAGCUCGUACAACAAUAG